GCGGGGCCCGCGUUUUCGCUCCGUUCGGAAUAAGAACCGGGUAAGGGACAGCCCCUCCUGGGGAGCGGUUUCUUUCUCUCCUCACCUCCCAGCUCCUCCAGGUCUGCCUUUAAAAGCCAGACAGACUGUUCUGCGCUACUGCAGAAAACCCCACCAGCGUCCCUAGGAGACCGGACGAAGUGCGCACUAGGAGUUUCCUUCUGGCCGAGAGGGGGAGCCCCGCGAUCCCAGCCCCAGCGACUGGAAGUCCCGACCCAGCCCGGGCCGUCGCCAGCGCCAGUUCAGGCUUCGGCAGAUUAGGAGGAGGAGGGAGGGGGCCGGAGCCCGAGAGUCCCGGGCCCAGCGCCGUGUAGACGUCCACAAAGUUUCCUUGUCCGCCACGGACGCGCGUUCGCGGGCCAGGGUCCCCCGAGAUCCCGCGUCUGCCCCAGCCAAGCGGCCGCAUCCCUCUGCGGAGCCACGGAUACUGAGUGUUACUGAGCUGAACGGUUGGGAGGAUCCACAUCAUGAACCGUGCUUUCAGCAGGAAGAAAGACAAAACAUGGAUGCAUACGCCUGAAGCUUUAUCAAAACAUUACAUUCCCUAUAAUGCAAAGUUUCUUGGCAGUACAGAAGUGGAGCAGCCAAAGGGAACAGAAGUUGUGAGAGAUGCUGUGAGGAAGCUGAAGUUUGCAAGACACAUCAAGAAAUCUGAAGGCCAGAAGAUUCCUAAAGUUGAAUUGCAAAUAUCAAUUUACGGAGUAAAAAUUCUUGAACCCAAAACAAAGGAAGUCCAACACAACUGCCAGCUUCACAGGAUCUCAUUUUGUGCAGAUGAUAAAACAGACAAGAGGAUAUUCACUUUCAUAUGCAAAGAUUCCGAGUCAAAUAAACAUUUGUGUUAUGUAUUUGACAGUGAAAAGUGUGCUGAAGAAAUAACAUUAACAAUCGGCCAAGCUUUUGACCUGGCAUACAGGAAAUUUCUAGAAUCUGGAGGAAAAGAUGUGGAAACAAGAAAACAGAUUGCUGGAAUGCAGAAAAGAAACUUAGUGUUCUCAUGUGACUUUGCUUCACUUCCUGAUGCUUCUCAUGGGGAUCAGAGCAGCAGAGGCAGCAGAUGCUGGAUCCAAGAUUUAGAAACAGAAAAUAUGGAACUUAAAAAUAAAGUACAAGAUUUAGAAAACCGGUUGAGAAUAACUCACGUGUCAUCCUCUCCACUGUCACACAGAGUGUCUGAUCAUGUGCCACAUGUGUUGCUGAGAUUCCCAUCCUCUUUCUGGAGCAAUAGCGAUGAUCCAGCUCCUUGUCUAAGCACAUCUUCCAUUUCUGUUACUCCUGUCAACUCGCCUGGCUCCAGACUGUCAGUGGGAGCACUAAUACCACCACCUUCUAAAAGUGGCCUGCUCAAGCCAGUCAGUGAGAGCAGCAAUCUGAGACCUCAUGCCGGCAGUGUGACAGUGAAGUCUCCUUCCACUGACAUCUUUGAUAUGGUUCCAUUUUCCCCAAUAUCACAGCAGUCUCCAACGCCUACUCGCAAUGGCACACAGCUCCCACCAGUACCUAGCAGAUCUGCUGAAAUCAAACGGGACCUCUUUGGAGCUGAACCUUUCGACCCAUUUAACUGUGGAGCAGGGGACUUCCCUCCAGAUAUUCAGUCCAAAUUGGAUGAGAUGCAGGAGGGGUUCAAAAUGGGACUAACUCUUGAAGGCACAGUAUUUUGUCUCGACCCGUUAGACAGCAGGUGCUGACAUCAAGAAUGAGUGAUCCUGACUUAUGCCUGAUUUGUUUAUAAACAUAUAUCUCAUUCAUUAUUUUAAGACAGUUAUUAUAUCCAUGCCAAUAUAUUUUUGAAUAUCUAAAUGUUUUUAAAUCUAUGGAAGUAAAAACCUCCUCACUUUCACUGUUGAUUUAUCUUUUAUUAAGCAGAACUAAGUGUAAUGGAUAUUAUGUUCUCUUCUGCAUUAUGGGUGAAUUUAUAAUUGAAAGACAAGUUUUCUGAGUAUCUGCCUUGUGUUCUAAAUAAUUACCACCUUGACAUUUAUGCUCAUUUUCCAGAACAUUAGUUCAGUUUCCUAGUCCCAAAGCCAUACCUUGAUACCUUUCAGAUUUCUGAAGAGGGACCACUAUCCAACUACACAUGUUCUAUUUUGAUACCAAUAAACAAAUGACCAGUGUGUGUAAAAUGUUCAUCUCAUUAUGAAAAUCUAAAAUUUAGCUAUUAUGCUACCAGUUUACCUAAUUCUACCUGGUAAAAUAAGAAUAUAAGUUCCAGUAGUAAUUAUAUAAAAUAUAUUUAGAAUAUUAGUAAACAUGAAAUAAUAACAUCAGUCAUUUAAGCUAUAUUCUAAAAAUGUUUAAUUUGCCUCAGAAGUAACAGUUGUGGAAACAAUUGCUUCCCUGAAAAACUUAAAAGUUUAUUUUCAAUGUGUUGUCAUAUUAGUAUAUCAUUAGGCCAUCUUCUGCUCUGUAUUUUAAGAAAUGAAGUUUAUGCUUUCUACAAAUGUAAUUCCUAUUGUCUAUUUUUAUUUUACCAAUAUUUUUCAGAUAUCCUGUGGUGUGGUAUUUCUCUUACCAACCUUAGUGUUGAUACUUUAAAAUUUGAGAGUGUUCUAUUUAAAUUUAAAAAUAUUUAACAAUUUUAAUUUUCAUUUGCUCUGUUAAAGUCAGAAUCUACUUUUCACAAAAAUUUCUCAUCAGCUUCAUCUUGAAUAUGAGCAAUAAAAUUCUUUAGUACUCAUUCUGAUAUGCUGAUGAACCCUGACCUUUGAAAACAUAUGCUUCCAAUAUAUUUGCCCAUGAUGUAAAAUACUAACAGUUAUAGUUCAGAAAAAAAAUAGCGGUCAAAUUUCUAAUUUGGUUUAUCACAAUAUAAGAAAGUGAAGUAAUGAAAAUCUGGGCUUAGUUGUGGGAAAUUUAUCAAAACUAAGUAGAUUUUUCUCAUGGAGUUUUAUGCAGGUGUUAAAGGUACCUUUUCAUUAGGAACAGAAAUCAAAUGUGCUUAUGCAAUAUUAUAUUUGUACCAUCAUGCUCUAUGGGUAUAGAUGAGUCUUUCUGUUUAUGUUCUGUUAUACCUGCUAAGUUAAACCUUAAUUAGUGGGUAGUAUGUGUUUCAUCAGGCAGUCUUUGCUGUUCUAUUUGUCAGAUAGUAUUUUGGAAUUUGUAUAAUGAGGAUGUUUAGAAGCCAUCUAAAUGGCUUUUUUUUAACAGAUAGAGUUUGUAUUUUUAUUGUACUUUAAAAAGCUUUAUGUACUAGGUAUAUAUAUUUAGCAAACAUUUAAUAUCAAUUGUAACACAAUAGAAUACUAAGAUGAUAUUUGCACAUUUAAGAUAUGUUACUUACCAAUUUUUAAUGGUGAUCUGUUCUGCUACUGGCAUGAUCAAAUAGUACAUAAUUGGUCAUUAAUAUGAACAUUUACUUCACCAGUGAAUUUUUAUGAAAACAUGAUUGGAAAUUGUAUUUCUAUGUAAACUCAAUGAUAUGUUUGAUUUUGCUGAGAAUAAAAGAUUUUAAAUAAAUUAAA